UGUGUGCGCGCAAAGGUUUUCGAUUUGUAAGCUGCAUUCUGGAGUUCGGGAAUUCGGGAGAGAAACGCGUGAAAUUAUCCGAAAAAAAUGUCCUCCGGUGAUCAACAAACGUCCACCGCCACUACAGGGCAACCGCAUCUACAGCAACAGGACCUUUCGAAGCUGGAUAUCACGAAGCUGACACCGCUCUCGCCGGAAGUUAUUUCGCGACAGGCUACAAUUAACAUUGGCACCAUCGGUCAUGUAGCACACGGUAAAUCGACAGUCGUGAAAGCCAUCUCGGGCGUGCAGACUGUUCGUUUCAAGAACGAAUUGGAGCGCAACAUUACAAUUAAACUCGAAUGUUUAUCGAUGAGUUUUAUCGAUACCUUAAUCAAUGAUCCAAAAGAAAUGGAAAGUUAUUUAGAAAAGAUACGUAAGCAGUAUAAACCACCGUACAGCCACAGUAGUACAAAUGAUAGCAUUUGCAUUACACCUAAUGUAAGCAGGAAACGAAAACUCUCGACUGUCACGAACGGAUCGGAGGAAGGUCCAACAUGUUCCGGUGAAUCGCAACGCAUGAAACAGGCAAAAAUUUUAGAUUUUUUUCAAAUGUCGCCACCCGAAAACUCACCCCCAGUGCGUAUUAGCAGAACUCGCGAUCGUAGAAAAUCUUGUCCAGUGGUGCAACACACACAUUCCUUGAGCUGGACUAUUCACGGUAGGACAAAGCGUGCCUCACAACAGUUCGAUCAUAUCAAAAAAGAGCCCCUGGAAGAGAGCGGGGAAUACGUGGGUAGUACCGAUAGUACGGACGAAUUAUUUUCCAUAAACAAGAAUGUUGACUCCAUUCCCGCGAUAACAAUGAUGAAAGAGGAACCAAUAUCGUCUAAAAGAUACACCACACCACCAUCGAACGUUAGCACUAGUGACGAAUUGAUUGAAACAAAUGGGGAACAAAUGGCAAGUUAUUCACCAUCGUUUAGAGAUAAUGGCGAGGAACAGUGUUUAGAAAGAUACACGACAUCGACGACGAGCAGUGGUACUAGUAGCAAUUCCAACAAAUUGCCAUUUUCGCGAUCACUAUCGGAUUCGACGACGAAUAAUGAACAGAACGAGUCGUCCAUCGCAAAGCCCGCGAAAAGCAAGACUCAACACAACAAAACUCUUAACGGCUCGAGCGGUGCAAUCAAGCACAGAAAGCAAACAAAAAUUUCUACCGCUCUAGAUAAGCAGGAGUACACUGUGGAAGCGAUCGUAGAUAUCCAGCGAAUAGGAGACACACCUGCAUUUUUGGUAAAAUGGCUUGGAUAUCCGAGCGAACAUAACACUUGGGAACCGCUCCGCAACGUGACUUCCUGCUCAUUACUGGAUCACUUUCUGACCGAUCAACUUUCGUACUGGCAAUAUUGGGUAGACUUCAUAAAGGAUGGCAUUAAAAAGAGUGCAGUGUAUUUAAACAUGGUGGAGAAGAGUGGCAAAUCGUUUCACGAAAUACUGCUAGAGCAUAAACAGUACGACUGGAAUGAACUACGGGCCGAUCUGAUCCUAUUGGCCAAAAUAAAGCAUAACAGUAUCCGUGCCCGCAGUAAGACUAUAUGGGAGCGCAUCGUUAAGAAUAUGUGCCGUGAAGAAUCAUUCCUUAAGCGACGCGACCAGCUAAACCAGUUGCUUCAGUUCGAGCAGCAGAUCAACGAGCACGAACCGACGCUACGUAUAGUGGUGGAAAACGAGCAAGAUCUCGAUGCACCGCCAAAUAACUUCACCUAUCUUAGAGCGAACAUACCCGCCGAAGGAAUCUCCAUUCCGAACGAUCCCCCAGUCGGUUGCGAAUGUAGUCCAUGCAACAGUCGAAGCACCUGCUGCGGUAAACUGUCCGAGGGUCGGUUUGCUUACAGCGUCAAGAAGCGGCUCCUCCUAGGACCCGGUGCUCCUAUUUACGAAUGCAACAAAAAGUGUCAAUGUGGCCCGGACUGCCUGAACCGAGUGGUACAAAACGGGGGCAAAUGUAAGCUGACACUGUUCAAAACGUCAAACGGGCGGGGUUGGGGCGUUCGGACGAAUGCUGUUAUAGCCGAAGGACAAUACAUUUCGGAGUACUGCGGCGAGGUGAUAUCGUACGAUGAGGCGGAAAAACGAGGCCGAGAGUACGACGCCGUCGGUCGAACAUACCUGUUUGAUUUAGACUUCAACGGUACGGACAAUCCUUACACGCUGGACGCCGCCCGGUACGGUAAUGUGACGCGCUUCUUCAACCAUUCAUGUGAUCCCAACUGUGGCAUAUGGUCGGUGUGGAUCGAUUGUCUCGAUCCUUAUCUGCCGCGUUUGGCAUUUUUUGCGCUACGGCGCAUUGAAAUCGGUGAAGAGCUUACGUUCGACUAUCACGCCCAGGUCACGACGAGCAAUGUAUCGCUUAGCGCAAAGAAGGGAGUGGAAAAUUUAGAUGGUAACGGGGGAGUCGAUGAUGCCACAGGAAACACUACCAUCAACGAUAGUGUUCGUAACAAUACCAAAGGCGUUACCGAAUGCCGGUGUGGAAGUGCAAAUUGCCGAAAGUUCAUUUUCUGAAAGUUAUGGCAGUAUUGCCUUGCAUCAUUGUGUAUACAUUAAGAAUGGUCAUGAAUUUUAA